UUUUUAUAUUUUACUUAAUGUAAUCUAAUAUAAUUUGGUACAUUCUGAUAAAAUAAAAACACUUAGCAAUUUGUUUUUCAGAUAUUAAGAAGGAAAACUGAGUAGCCUAGAAAGGGUAAAUUUGUUCAGAAUGUCAGCCUUAGAAGGAGCAGAGGCAGAGAAAGGGGAACCUGAGAAACCCAAAGAAUGUCUCUGUAAAUUGAAACUUGGAAUAUGCAGUCCUUUUAUUGGAUUCAAUCCUAGCAGUACCGAAGAAGAUCCUUUGCUCCAAGUGCUUCCAUUACACUUAACAGAAAAAUUAAAAAUGGCCAUGAAAGAGUUUGAUUCAUUUCCACAUGAAGUCAUAGCUAUGCCCCCAGAUCAUGAACCUUUCAUUGCUAAAAGUAAUGAUCCUUAUGAAACCAUGAACAACUCUAAGAAACGGAAAGCAAAAUCACAAGAAUUGGAAGAAACCAAGAACAACCCAAAGAAAAAAACUGAAAAAUUAUCAGAAUUGGCUGGUUUUUAUGCUGAAGAUUUACUGUAUGGAACGGUUUUAGCUGAAGUUAAGAAAUUAUAUGAUUCAUCAGAUGAACAAGCAUUCAUCAUGAAGGGUUAUAUGUCCAGUACUUUUAUAAAACAUUUGCCAGUGAAGCCGACAGCUACAGAAAAGCUACUUAACAUAGAAGUAGAUACCUUGAUUGUUCUCCCAUUGCGUAAGCUGCUAAUUGUUAUUGAAACUAAAGCAGCAACAGAGGAUACAAGUUUCCACAGCAAACUCAAGGAAGGAUCACAGCAGUGUGAAAAAUUCCACCAGUUCUUAAAAGCUGCACACUGGAAUAUCCUGUCUAAACAGUGGAAAUUAGUGAAAUGUGUUUCACUUCCAUUAAUAUUCAACAUGGAAGAGGAUAAAAAUCAGGAGAAAAUUGAACAGAACUGCGGAUGCUGUCAGAACUGUGAAGAAUUCAUUAUUGUCGGAAGGAAACUGGAAAACAUGGAGGCCUGGUUGAAAAAUGUUUUGGACAGAUUUCCACUAAAACAUUAA